GCUAUUUUCAACGAAUAGAGCCUCUCCUUCCCUCGAUUCAGAUCAAUCAGCCACACCCCCUCUCUCUGUCUCUAUUCUCUACAAAUACACCAAAACCCACGUCGAAUCCCCACGAAUAUAACUGACCCAUUUGAUAAUCUCACGAUCUUGGGCCACCAGCUUUCGGGUUCUCCACCGAUUAAGAACCAUAUUAUUGCCUCUCUGUGAGCUUGGUGAAAUGGACGUAAAUUUUGCGUGUGUGCCUGUGGUGGUGACAUGCAGUGUGUGAACACGUGGGUCGGAGAGGCUUUGACUGCUGGAAAUGGCGAAUCAGGUGGUAAGGGUCAGGAGGGAGGCGAUUGCGGCGUGCAUGACUUGUCCUCUGUGCAAUAAGCUCUUCAGGGAUGCCACUACAAUAUCUGAAUGCCUUCAUACGUUCUGCAGGAAGUGCAUAUAUAAUAAAGUUUCAGAAGAGGAAUUGGAAUGCUGUCCAAUAUGCAACACUGAUCUGGGUUGUGUUCCACUGGAGAAAUUAAGGCCAGACCAUAGUUUGCAAGAUGUAAGGACCAAGAUUUUCCCUUUCAAAAGAAGAAAGGUAAAUGCACCGGAAGUUGUGCCUUCAAAUACAUUGCCAGCAAGAAGAAAGGAGAGAUCACUGUCGUCAUUGGUGGUCAGCACUCCCAGAGUGUCAGCCCAGGCUACCAUGACUGGAAGAAGAUCAAGAGCUGUUGCAAGAAAGGCUGCUGCUUUACAAGCCUCCAGAGUUCCCAUUGAGAAACAAGUUAAAAAGGAGGAAGAUUCUAUGGAAGAUCAUCCUAAGAGUUCAAGCUCACCUGAGACUUCAAACAAGCUUCUGCAAUAUACUGGGCAGAAUUCUUACCCUGGUGAGCCUAGUCAUUCCACCCCUAUUAAAGAAACAGAGAAUGAUCCUGAACAGUGGGACGCAAAACUGGAUCUGUGGAAACCUUUGAACUGUCUGGUGGAAGUUGCAAAUAGGACUAAAUCUUUCAAGUCACAGGGGUUUGAUGCUAAAUUAGAACCUAUGCAAGUGAAUGAGACCAAAGGUCAAGUGCGAAAAUCCAAAAUUAAGGAAAUCAAACACAAGUCUAAAGCCGAGGAUAAAAUGAAUAUUACCGAUCCUGCCUCUUCGGAAAUAUUAAAACCCAAAAUUUUGCGGAGGGCUCGUCGAAAAAGGGAACCUGAUUUUGGAGACUCAGGCAUUUCACCCCAAGCUGUGCUGGAUGCUGCUGGUGCUAAACACAAAAGAAGACUCGGUCCAGUUUGGUUCUCUCUAGUAGCUUCCCAAGACCAGGAAGGAAGUGCACCCUUGCCCCAGAUUCAUGCAAAUUACUUGAGAAUUAAGGAUGGAAAUGUACCCGUAUCACUGAUUCAACAAUACCUGAUGAGGAAACUAGAUCUCACCAGUGCUGCCGAGGUUGAGAUCAAAUGUAUGGGACAACCAGUUGUCCCGACCUGGCAACUCCACAACGUAGUUGAUUUGUGGCUACAAAAGGCACCCACAUCAGAACGAAUUCCGGCAUCAAUUGGAUCGUCGGCCAAGGAUUUCGUGAUGGUGCUGGCCUAUUCUCAAAAGGUUCCAGAAGCAUGAUCGAUCAUGGUUUUUCUCCAUCUGCUGCCGUUCAAAUCUUCAAAAUAAUCUGAGUAUACUCUAGUCUUCCUAGAAUCUCGGUGGUGACCGAGUGGCAUUUUUCUUGAUGAUCCGGCAUGUAUGUUGUUACGAGGAAUAAUUGGUUCAUUCGCAGCCAACAUUUUCCUAGGCUUCGAAAUAAAGAGUCGUUCGCUUAAUGUUACUACAUGUCUGAGACAAUCACCCUUUGCUAUGGCCUGGCAGGCUCUGCAUGUUUGCUGCUGCUGCUGCUGCUGCUGCUGCAGCAUAAUUAAGAGGUCCAAUCUUCAACUGUUACGGAUUUAUAACUUAGACUACUGCAUAAUUACACACCACGUUGUAGAACCCUAUAAAUUCUUAACUGAUACGCGCUUUUCGGGCCUCUAGUUGAGCUUGAGCUUGAACUUGGUUGUAACAAAAUAUUCAAGUAAAUUAAUUACCAGCAUCUUUUUUAAAUUA